GAAUAGAGUGGUUAUAGAUUUUUUUGCAAGAACAACUUUUGUCAAGAGAAGUGAAUUUUUAAGUUUAAAUCUCAUAUAUAGAAAAUUUAAAUUUUUAUUUGAACAAACUGAUUUUUUAUACAGUGUUAGAAGUGCAGUAGUGUGAGUGCACAAGUUAAUUUAUGCUUUGCAUCCAAAUAUGUAGUAGGCUUUCAGUAUUUGUUCUUUGAUGGCCAUAUUGCAACACUGGUCUUUAAUACAACAGAAAGGUUUCAGUUGAACUGAAAGCCUUAUAUUUCACUUUACAAGUGAAUAGUGAUGUGAGUACCCCAGCGUGAACAGUAUACCAAAUUAUUACGUACUUCCCUUGCAAAAUGGAUGGUGAUGACAACAUUAGCUGAAAUUAGCCAAGUACGAGUGAAAUUUUUACCACCGCAGUUAAAGCUAACUUUUUUGUUUUGGUCUUGAGUUGUUUCCAAAACCAUUUCCAAAACCAGUGACUAAUUCAGUGGCUCAAAUGAGUUGUGUUAAUUUUUUGUGCAACUGAAACAAUUCUUUCAACAUAGGGGGGUUUAGUGCUAUUAGGACUCCUCAUGCGGUGGACCGUAGGCACUACUUAGGGCUCACUGUUGUAGCGUCCCUUUGGCCCAUAGCUGCAACCUCCCUCACUCCUUUUACUGUACCUCUGUUCAUAUUCUCUUUCUUUCAUCUGACUUUCCACCCGCUCCUAACAACUGUUUCUUGGUGCAACUGCAAGAUUUUCCUCCUGUUACACCUUUCAGAUCUUCUUACUAUCAAUUUUCCUUUCAGCAGCAGGAGGUUUGGAGAGUUUUGACCGACUAUCAUCAACAUCUUUGCUUGUGAUAUGGAGGAGUUCAGGUUCAUCAGUUUAUUUUUUCUAAAUGAAAAAAACAGUGUAUUGUACUUUAGUCUCAUUUCAAUACCAUAAAAGUUUUGGUAAUAUAGACUAACAUUUAUGAAGAAAGUGAUAAAAGUUUUAGAAAUUGAUUUUUUACUGCGUAGGUUAAUCUAUCAGCAGAAAAAUGAUCUUGGUCAAGUUGAUCUAUUAGCAGAAGAAUUUGGGCUCCUUACUGCAAUAGGACAGGUCAACCUAUCAGCAAAGCGAGAAAAAGUCAUGCUUUGAAUCACUGUACAUUAAUUAUUUUGUGGAUGCAAGUAGUCGUAGGUUCUUUUAUGAAUGAGACAGGAAAGGGUUCAGUUAGCAGAUGUGCUGGACAGUGUUUUAAGGCAAUAAUUGUGGACAUUAUCCAUAGCCUUUUUCUGGAUUUAAGUAGCAGCAGUUGAUGCCCCUUUCAGUUUUGUUUUGUGGACUAUCUGAACCACUAUUCUGGCUGGUACAAGUUGCACCGGUACAAGCCAAUGACUAUGCCAGUGUAGCGGAUACUUUCACUAGUAUUUAAUAUGUGACCUGGAGGUUUAUAAGAUUGAGCAUCUGACCCCAAGUGUGCAAAUUAAUUUCCUCAACUAUGGAUGACGAAGCUACUGAGGAGCGAGAGCAUGUCACUGUCGUUGUAUUAGGAGACCUUGGUCGUUCGCCUCGAAUGAACUAUCAUGCACUUUCACUCUCACAAGAAGGAUUUGAAGUAAACCUCAUAGGCUUUUCUGGGACAAAACCUCAAAUAGAAAUCUUGAGUGAUGAACAUAUCACAUUAACGUACAUGAGACCUGCUCCUGAGUUCCUGUCAGUGUUUCCAAAACUUUUAGCCUAUAUAUUGAAGGUGCUAUGGCAAGCUGUUGUGCUUUUCUUUACCCUUGCUACAUGCCCCUGUAGUGAAAAGCUCUUACUGCAGAACCCCCCCGGGGUUCCUGCGAUGCCUGUUUGCUGGUUGUACUGCUUCAUCACACGGACAAAAUUUUAUGUUGACUGGCAUAAUUAUGGAUACACUAUUUUAGCCCUCUCAGUAAGACCCAAUCAUCCCUUAGUGUCAGUAUAUAGGUGGACUGAAAGGGUGUUUGGCAAGCUUGCUCAUGGUGGUUUGUGCGUUACAAAGGCCAUGAAAGUAGACCUCGAACAAAACUGGGGAAUAAAAAAAGUCACCGUCCUAUAUGACCGUCCAGCUGCUAGAUUCUCCCCUUUGACAAUUGAGGAGAAACAUGAAUACCUGAUGAAACUUUCAGGUACAUACAAUUGUUUUUCUAGCUCCUCUCCUGACAAGAAUGUGUUUACUGAAAGGUAUGCAGAUGGCAGAGUUGCAGAGUGUGAGGAUCGCCCAGCUUUGCUGAUAUCCUCUACCAGUUGGACAGAAGAUGAGGAUUUUUCUAUCCUGUUCCAUGCCUUAGAAGAUUAUGAAAGAGUACGCACAGAAUUUCCUGAACACUAUCCACCUCUUAUAGUUGCUGUGACAGGAAAAGGACCCAUGAAAGCUUAUUAUACAUCCCUCAUUGCUGAACAACACUGGGUGCAUGUAGAAGUUAUUACCCCUUGGAUGUCAGCUGAAGAUUAUCCUAAGCUUCUUGCAUCUGCUGACCUUGGUGUGUGCCUCCAUUAUUCUUCAUCUGGCCUUGAUUUACCCAUGAAAGUGGUAGAUAUGUUUGGGUGUGGCAUCCCCGUUGUAGCAAUAGAGUAUCAAGCCCUUCCUGAGUUAGUACAUCACAAUGAGAAUGGUUUAAUAUUCAAAACAAAAGAGGAACUGGCAAACUUAUUGCAAGACUGGUUCCGAGGUUUCCCCAAGGAAACUGAAAUAAAGGAGACGUACUAUGACUUCUAUAAAAGUCUUGAAGAGUUCCGUAAAUUAAAGUGGCAUCCCUGUUGGACAUGCAACGCUUUGCCAUUAUUUAAAGAUGAAAUUAUUGAUAAGAAAAGUUUGACAAUACAGUAAUAUAUCUUCAUAUAUUUUUGAGAUGGUAUAUAUUUUUAUGCAAGAUGUAAUGCUCACUUUGAUGUAUAUUUUUGCCAUAUUUUAGUACUGUAUUGGGAAUUGAGAGUUUGAGAAAAUCAGUACACUGACUGUAGUCUAUUGGUCUAUUAUUUUUUUUAUAAUAAAAUUUUGUCAUGCA